AUGACCUCGCGCCAUCCAAACACAGUUGUGCUCCCAGCCCCAAUUGCUGUUUCACCACUCAUUCGAGCUGCUCGCUGGGGAGCGCUUGGUUUGGGUAUUCUUUGGGGUGCGUACCGACUCUGUCAAAUCCGGGAGUACCAUGCCGAUAUUCGAGAGUGGGAACACGAGAAGGCCGUCGUUAAGGCACAAGAGGCAGCCAAGCAGAAAAAAUGGUUGGCCAAAGAUGAGAUGCGUUACCUCAUGAAGACUGUUGGUAUUCCAUUCGAGGAAGGUGUCACUCAAUUUGGUGUGCAAGAUCUUUACAGAGACGAU